GCCACUAGAAGCAUCAAUAAAGGCUGACCGCCUCUCUGACGCUCAGUCAUCGUUACUUUCGUGACAGCUAUCAUCUGUGCUUGGGUGAUUUUUUUUCAGUUAUACUUUGAAGCUGAUCAGCAGUAGCGUCAUGAAUCUGUGGCUCAGCAGUUAUUUUCUGGUAGCGGGGCUGUUUCUGAGCAGCUCGGCCCUGACGCCUGAAGAAUGCCAACCCUUGGUCAAGCCUUUGCUUCUGAUUGAACCCUCAAUGAUAUAUGGCUGGUGGAGCACUCUUGCGGGUUACGUUGAUGGUGAAGGAUUUGAUGCCAUUCAGAAUGCAACAGAGAGCACCUGGGUGAAUGUGACUCAAUCACCAUCCAGCCCAAAUGUAGUUGUUUUAUCUGAGAAGAACAAGAUAAAUGGAACAUGUGUGGACCUAGCUUUGAAUUUAACCAUUGAUGGCAACACUGCAUCAGGGUCAGUGGGCGACAUGGUCUUUUCGAAAUUCCAAUUUCUGCCGAGCUGUGACGGAUGUUUCAUCUUGAGCGUCAACACCACCGCCAGAAACCUCGACAAGUUAUUCCAGCAAUUAAACAUCAACAUGGACGUUACAGGGGAGGAGGUCAACAUUCGUGCCAUUUAUUUGAUAGGCAGAGAGUCCACCGUGAAGGACUCUGAACUGGAACAUUUCAAGCAGCAGGCGAGCUGCCUCGGCUUCUCCAGAGAACCAGACUUCAUCUACGACCCCAAGAAUGGAUUCUGUGCUUAAGGCGAGGGUAUGACGUUUCGACCAACUUUUAUAACUAUUUUAAACUAUAGGCUAACUCAGGAAGUCAAGAGACAAAAAGUGACUCAAAAUAUUAAAUGUCUCGUCCAUAUUUUGGGAUUCAUAGUCUAAUAAAAUGGUAUAACACAAAGGUU